AUGGGUCGUGAUUUACAAAAUCAUCUGUUAUUUGAAACUGCUACUGAAGUAGCUAACAGGGUAGGUGGUAUUUACUCUGUUUUAAAAUCUAAAGCACCCGUUACUGUCGCUCAAUAUAAAGAAAAUUAUACCUUAUUAGGUCCUUUAAAUAAAGCUACUUAUCAAAAUGAAAUCGAUCCAAUUGAUUGGGAUGCAGAAGAUGCAUUCCCAGACCAUUUGAAACCUAUUCAAGCUGCUUUACGUAAAAUGCGUGAUGCCGGAUUUUAUUUCGUUUACGGGAAAUGGUUAAUUGAAGGUUCACCAAAAGUUAUCUUAUUUGAUUUAGAUUCAACUAGAGGUCGUUUAAAUGAAUGGAAAGGUGAUUUAUGGUCUCUUGUUGGAAUUCCAUCUCCUGAAAACGAUUUUGAAACUAACGAUGCCAUUUUAUUAGGUUAUACUGUAACUUGGUUCCUUGGUGAAGUUUCUGUAUUGGAUCAAACUCAUGCAAUCGUAGCACAUUUCCAUGAAUGGUUAGCUGGUGUUGCUUUACCAUUAUGUCGUAAGAAAAAAAUUGAUGUUGUAACAAUUUUCACCACACAUGCAACCCUUUUAGGUCGUUAUUUAUGUGCAGCUGGUGAUGUUGAUUUUUAUAACAAUUUAGAACAUUUUGAUUGUGAUCAAGAAGCCGGAAAACGUGGUAUUUAUCAUAGAUAUUGUAUCGAACGUGCUGCCGCACAUACCGCUGAUGUUUUCACUACUGUAUCACAAAUUACUGCUUUAGAGGCAGAACAUCUGUUGAAAAGAAAACCAGAUGGUAUUUUACCAAAUGGUAUAAACGUUGUUAAAUUCCAAGCCGUUCAUGAAUUCCAAAACUUACAUGCCUUAAAGAAGGAAAAAAUAAAUGAAUUCAUUAGGGGUCAUUUCCAUGGUCAUUUUGAUUUUGAUUUAGAUAAUACUUUAUAUUUUUUCAUCGCUGGUCGUUAUGAAUAUAAAAAUAAAGGUGCUGAUAUGUUUAUUGAAGCAUUAGCUCGUUUGAAUUAUAGAUUAAAGAUGGCUGGUUCAAAGAAAACUGUUGUUGCAUUCAUUAUUAUGCCUGCAAAGAAUAACUCUUAUACCGUUGAGGAAUUAAGAAGUCAAGCUGCUGUUAAGUCCUUAGAAAAUACAGUUAAUGAAGUCACAAAGAAUAUUGGUAAGAAAAUAUUCGAACAUGCUUUAAAAUUCCCUCAUAAUGGUGUCAGUUCAGAAGUACCAGAUAAUUUAGAUGAAUUAUUAGGUCAAUCUGAUAAGAUUAGACUAAAGAGAAGAGUUCUUGCUUUAAGAGCCGAGAAUCAUUUACCACCAAUUGUUACACAUAACAUGGUUGAUGACGCCACUGAUCCAAUCUUAAAUCAAAUUAGACAUGUUCAAUUAUUUAACAAUUCUAGUGAUCGUGUUAAAGUUAUCUUUCAUCCAGAAUUUUUAAAUUCAAACAAUCCAAUCCUUGGGUUAGAUUAUGAUGAGUUUGUUCGUGGUACUCAUUUAGGUGUCUUCCCAUCAUAUUAUGAACCAUGGGGUUAUACUCCAGCUGAAUGUACUGUUAUGGGUAUUCCAUCCAUUACUACCAAUUUGUCAGGGUUUGGUGCCUAUAUGGAGGAUCUAAUUGAAACCAAUCAAGCUAAGGACUAUGGUAUCUAUAUUGUGGAUCGUAGAUUUAAGAACCCAGAUGAAUCUGUUGAACAAUUAGUUGAUUACAUGGAAGAGUUUACAAAGAAAAACACUAGACAAAGAAUCAAUCAAAGAAAUAGAACCGAACGUCUAUCUGAUUUGCUAGAUUGGAAGAGAAUGGGUCUUGAAUACGUUAAAGCCAGACAAUUGGCUCUAAGAAGAGGUUACCCACAAGAAUUUAAAUCAAUGGUUGGUGAAGAGUUGAACGAUGACAGUAUGGAUGCUUUAUCCGGUGAAAAGAAAUUCAAGAUCGCAAGACCAUUGAGUGUUCCAGGCUCCCCAAGAGAAUCCAGAGCUGGUAGUACUGUAUUCAUGACUCCUGGUGAUUUAGGAACCCUACAGGAUGCAAACAAUGCUAACGAUUACUUCAACUUAAGUUUGAAUGCUGACGGAACUCCAGUUUACGAUGACGAUGACGACGAUGACGAUAAUAAUGGUGCAGAUGCCACCACUAAAUGA